CCUCGAAUCAUCCUGCAAGGCCAUGAAACCUAUGAUGAUUUAAUUACCAUAGCCAAAGAACGCUUCUGGCCAGAGCGUACUGAGGGGAGUGAGUUCACUCUUUGUCAUUCUGACGGGACCAGGUGGAGUAAGGAGGAUUUCCACAAAGAAUACAGAACUGUUUCUGAUAUUACACAUCUGUGGAAAAGAACACUAUACAUCGGGCGAAGACAACUGGAGGUCGUGUGUUUGGAUGAUCAAAGUUCCAUCUCAGAUGAAGACCCUGUAACUAAAGUGGGUGGUGAUGAAAGUUGCAGUUUAGAUGAACUUCCUGAAACCCUCAUAGGACAAAAUGUUGCAGAACAGGAUUUCCAUCCAGAAACAUCCAGCUCAGGUGAAUUUGAAACAGGGAGAGUCAGAAAGAAAAGCCAGUCCAAGCAAAGGAAGGAGGAAAAUGUAGGGUCAUCUCUAGGUCCAGGUGGAGCAGUGAGCCAAGACAUGUUACCACAUGCAGUUAUUGAGGCAAAAGAAGCUAUGGAGGGAGCUGAAGAGCUAUCUGAAGGUGCUGGAAAUAGUGAGCUUUUGAUAGAUUUUGCAGAGUCCUUCAACACAACUCCAAAGUCGCCAUCAUUGUAUCUUCCACGUGUUCCAUAUGUGGAAGAGGCUUUAAUUACAUACAGCGAGGACAAUCUACUGGGAGAAGGGACAUUUGGCAAGGUAUAUAGAGGUUCUUUUCAUGGUACUCCAGCAGCUGUUAAAAGGAUCGUGUGUGGCCAACAAGGGAUGGAGGACAGCGACAUUCAUCAUGAGAUAAAUGUUUCACUGAGACUGUCUCACCCCAACAUCGUCAGACUAAUGGCAGUUGCCCGCACUGAGUCCUGCUUUUUGUUGGCAGCUGAAUACAUUCAUGGCGCAACCCUGCAGCAAGUGCUUCACACAGACAGCUGCUUGGUGAAGUUUCACAAGAGGACUGCAAUCAGGGAUUUUUGAUGGACACUUCCAAACAUUGACUUUGUUGGUCUUAGGUCCCAUUAUAUAUUGUCUUGAUAGCUUGAAGGGGA